CCUGAUAUUGUGUGAACUAUAAAAACAGUAAUAGUAAACCAUGACUUUUAGUAAACAUUUUACAUUUCAGAGAUCUCAGACAUUUACUUACUUACGUGUGUCGUAUAGUUUCUAUAAACCAGUAAAUUCUAAAACUAGCCACUAAUCACAGGUUGUAUCGAUUAUGUGUGAUGUGUUACUGUGUAUGUAGUGAAUGAUAAUUAGUGUGCGCGAGUUCACCGAAUGCUUUAUGUAAUUAUUAAAGAUAAACCUAGAUUUACCAAGCCAGACAUUGAUAAAAAUGUGUACGAUGUGUUGCCUAUACAAGUCCCAAACAUAAUACAAAAUAUAAUAUAGGCAGUAGUUGGAUACUUGGAUGUUUUAGUACGAUACUUUUUUAUAACGAGUCAACGCCAAACGAGGUAGUAAUACCUAAACCUAGGCUACAAGCUCACCUAAAUGUUCUAUGGCGUAAUAACUGAAAAAUACAAAUCAACAUUUCCAAGAGCACAGUCAUAUAAUAUAAAGCUUGCUUAGUACCAAAAUCACUGAAAUUUGAAAAUGAGUCUAUCAUACCUUAUUAGCAAAGUCAGUCGCGUAUUAACGUAUGCACCUCGUAGAUAAAAUGCUAAAAUAAGCAUUCAGUGAAAAUUUCAUAUACCUGCGGUAAUUUUUUUUCUUGUUACACCAAAAACUAAAACCGAUUUUAUAGAAAACCGAUUUUGCAUAUAAUUUCCCGUUUUUCCUUAAUUUUUUUCGGGUUUUUCCCGAUGUUUUUGGAUGCUACUAGAAAUUUUAAAUUUAGACCUUUCAAAUGCACUAACUAGAUUCACUUUACAACAGAAAAAUAUACUGAAGUUUAAAAUCGAAGCAUUAUUUCGACUAUACUUAUUGUGUAUACAGGCACAAUUAAAAUAAAAAAACCCAUCAUUGUAAAAUCAAUUCAUUAAUCGCUUCGCUCAGAAUCUAAAAUCAGUAGUCAAUACAUAAAAAUAAUAAAAAGUAUUAAAGUACAUGUAGUUUAAAUGUCUCAUGCAACAGCCCUUUUGACCCCUCCUCUUCGGGCGCCCUUGAUAUUAUUAUGUAAUUUUUACGUUCAUUACUCACUAACGAUUGCCUUACAUUUAUCUCAAAGUAAGGUACCUACUAAAAAAAAUAGCAAAUACACUGUGCCACCAUGGUUCAUAAGAAAUGAAAACUUACAUAAAGAACUACAAAGGGCUAUGGCUGAAAAUCGUAUUUAUUAGUUUAUUUUAAGGGUACCUACUAUACUGCUUUACAUUAGCCCAUUAGCCUAGUAGCCAGUCCAUAAACACAAACGCCUAUAAGUAAGCUAUAGUCCUAGUGCCUAGGUAGUUGGAAAUUUACAAUUUAACUGUGCCUAAGUGACCUAACAUAAACACUCUUUUGGAAUUACAAAAACCAUGUUUAUAAACACAACAAUUGUAUAGCAGUAUACGUAUAAUAUUGAUGUAUGUAGAUUGUUAAUGAUUUAAUGUUAUGUAUUAACAAAAUGUUUAAGGCGUACUUCAUUUUCGUUGAUAUAAUAUACUGUAUCAACUCCCCCCCCCCCCUAAAUACGUAUCGAGAUGUCAGCUGUAGAUUAGUGGAAAAGUAUUAUAAUUAAGGUAGUAACUGAGAUAUAAAAUUUAAUUUUCAAAUUUUAUAGAAUUUGUAAUUUGUAUUAUAGAAUCUGUAACGAAGAAUUAAUUUGCUUUGGUAUAUUUAUGUGUUUUUUUAGUUUCUGAUGGGAGCAAUAAAUGCACCUAUGGCCUAUUAGUCUUACAAUAAUGUAUAUUUUGUUUUGUCUGUUAUCAAAAUAAAACCCAUUGAUAAUACAUUUCAUAAAUAUAUUAUCUAUGAAAAAACCCAAUAAUGGACAAGAUAAGAAAUAACCUACAACCAUAGACCUUUGUAUACCUUCAACAUAAAUUUAUAACAGCAAUGCGAAAUAAUAACGCAUUAAAUUAUGGGUUUUUUAUCGAUGGAUAAGGCCGAACAGCGAUACAGUAAACAUGUGUAUUUUUAGUUUUUUUUUUAUUUUACAAACUAUAUUAAGAACAAUAUUUAUGAAUAACACAUCACUACUCUGUGGAGCUUCGUGAUAUUGUGAGUGUCUAAAGUGUGUGUUAUUAUUGAAAAUAAUAAUAUCUAUUAAUUAUUUUCAUACAAAAAUCUUUAAAUAUUCUUAUUUAUUAAUGAUAAAACAUAGUUUAGUCGGUUUACUGAAGUGAAUGUAAUUAAAUUCGGAAGUAAGAGCAUCAAUCUGGGCAUUUUAAUUAAUAACGCGUGGUCAACGAAUUCAAUAAGCUUGCUAACCACAAUUUAGAAUUUACAAUUUUUCAAUUUAGUUUUGCUGAAAACUUUGGAUAUAUUACAAAUAUAUUUUAAAUAGGGAACUGGAAAAAUCAUUGGAGUGAGUUGCUGAAAUUUACACAUCCGAGUUCAAUAGCGCUGCAGGUUUCGUUUGUUUUUGAGAAUCUCCGUAAAGAAAAUAAUAAGAAUAAAAUGGAAUUAUAUGCAUAUCAGAUUGCUAUAUUUGUUGUGUUAUAUUUGUUUGUUUCUGAAACGACUUCAUUGUGUUGCCAUUUACCUUAUAUGCAGUCAUUACCAUGUGGCAUUGAAUCUAAAUCUGUAGCAGAAAUACAAGAACUCGAACCUACUGACGAAGGAAGAGAAGUUGGAAUGCCGUCGUCAUUGGACGUAAUCACGGACUUGGUUUCUGGAUUAUGUUCCUAUUCUCUGUGUGCACCCGGUUAUAUUUUAAAGGAGGGGUCAUAUUGCUCGACUGGCCCUUGUAAUAUAUUUGGUUGUAACUGUGCCGGAAAAUGCAUCAAUAACGAAUAUGUAGACAGUAAUCUGCAUCGGUUGCGGCGAGAGAGUGAUAAUAAAAAUUUGACUUAUACAAAUUUAUCAAGAGCUAGGAGAUCAACUAUAGUUGAUAAGACACGAUAUAGAAAUACUAUUUAUACUGAUGGAAAAUUAGACUCACAUACGCCUACGACAUAUUCCCAGGCUAGUCUGCAGGUCCAUCAAUAAGGUACGAUCACAAUAAAUAUAAGAAUCUGUUUGACUACAACGGUAAACCCUUUAAUCAACUAAAUAGCACACAGCAAGACACAAUUUUUCUCAAAGCACAAAUUAUGAACUUAACCAGUAGCAACAAUGGUAACGCUACGGAAUCAAUUCGGACAUUGCGUAAUUCAAUUAAUGAUGCAUGAUGGCUGAACCGGAAAAAAAAUAUAUAUAUUAUAUAAAUCAUAUAGGAAAUGUCGGGCAAUUAAAGCCACUAAUAGUACUUGUAAUUUGAUAAAAUAAAUUUUAGUUUUUUUAAAUUAAUUAAAUUUAACGAAUUAGGUUGUUCUUUUAUUUUUCACUCUUCUUAAUUUAAUUUACGGCAUUUUCGAGCUAACACUAAAUAAUCUAUAAAAAAAAAUAGUAAAUGUGUUUUGUUAUUAUUAUUAAUAGUACAAAUAUUGUUCUAAAUUGUUUAAAAAUUAUUGAUUUAGUGUAUUGGAGAUGCUAUGUUAGUAGAAUUGUUUAUUUUAUUGUAAAAUUUUAAAUAUACUAUACUAAGUACUAAUAGAACAUUUUAAACUUUGUUUUAUAGUUUUAUGAUCGAUAUUUAAUUAGUAAAUUAAUAGGUUACAAUUAAUUGAUAGAACCAUAGAAUGUAUAAUUCUUUGUUAUUAAUAAUGUGAACCAUUGUCUUGCCAGUCUUAUAUACAGAAAGUGGAAAAAUUAUUUUUCCAAUUUCUAAUAGAUAAACAAUAUUCAAUAAAGCCUCAAAGUUCUAGGACCUAGAUGGUAAAUACAAAAAUUAUUUCAAAAUUAAUGGUUUUACAAAUUAUCAGAAUAAAAUAUCCUUAUUAUUUCAC